AUGAAGGCUUUCUUGCGGCGGGCCCUAGCACUCGGAGAGUCCCCCACAACCAAGGCGAUGAAUCUUAAACGGGAAGGCAACGCCCUUUUUAAAGAGAAGGAAUACGAUAAGGCAGCGGAGACCUAUGCACGGGCUUGCCGAUUGGCUGUUGACUCUAAUUUGAUCCUCACGCUCCGUUGUAACUGGGCGUUGUGCCUACAACGGUUGGGGGACUAUAUAGGAGCCCUCACAGUGAUGGAGGAGACAGCGGUGGUCUGUUCGGAAGAUGAUUGUAAUGCUAACCCGAAAUACCUUUACCGGAAGGCUGUGUGUUUACGGCAUAUAUACGAGGACAAGUCAGCGGGGUCGGAGGAGGCGUUGGAUGGUGUUGAGCCUAAGGAUCUUCUAUACAAAGCUAGAGAGUGCCUGCGAAAGGCUAUAGCGCUGUGCCCACAGGAUAAGGCACUGAGGGAGGAGUUGAAGACUGUGAAGGGGUUAUUGACUUCAUUGGAAUGUAGUGAAGGGAGGAGUAAUGCGGCGUUAGGCGGCAAAGGUUUCGAUCUGUAUCCGGACAAGCCGGACUGGGAUGAGGCCAGAGCCGCGGCGGCGGCAGCAGCUGAGUCGCGGGAGGCUGUGCCUGUGAAUCCCCUGCCCGAGCGUUAUGGCGCUGAGUACUGGCAGGAGCGGCGAGAGAAAUGGUUAGAAGGAUGUCUGUUGGGCCAAUCGGGCCCGGUCGACACGGUGUCCAGCGAUGAGGGCCUUGAGGGCAACGUGGCGAAGGAUAAGGAUAGUGGAUGGUUCAAGUGGGGAUCUCGAGACAAGGAUGCCCUAGCAGAUGUGAUAAUGGAGAUGUCGGGGCCGUAUACACCUUUGCCGAAGCCCUUUAAGCUCUCUGUGGCAGUGAAGGUCGCCAAUGAGGUCAGUAUGUUGUCACCCUUUGGCUCACCCGUCAGCAAGGAUGAGGUAGAGCUCCAGCCUCGUCGUUGGUCUAAGGAAGAGUCCCCUGCCCCUAAUGAGCUCACCUACGAAGUUGAUGGUCAAUCCAGCACAGACGGCAAGUCUGAUGAUGGUGACGCCGGUCCGACUCAGCGGUCGAGUCGACCUGCUAUAUCGCCCAGGGGCCUCUUCUAUAUGGCCCUCUUGGCGCUACAGUACGGCAGUCAGCCACUCAUCACCACAACAUUCACGCCGAGGACUAUACCGUCGUCGGCGAUUGUUACUAUAACCGAAAUUGUGAAGUUUUUCCUGGCGAUCGGGCUCAUGUUUGCUGAAGGGUCCGCCUCGAGCGCCUUGCAAGGAUGGACAUUACGUGGCAGUUUUUUAGCGGCCGCUCUUCCUGCGAUGAGCUACUCUAUGCAGAAUAUAUGCAUCCAGAUUGCCUUCCAACACCUCGACCCCCUUGUUUACAACCUGGUCAAUCAGACUAAGCUCCUCUCCACUGCUCUGUUGACUUAUCUCUUCCUUGGCAAACGGCAGAGUCGGCAUCAGCUAUUUGCUCUUGGAAUGCUCUUCGUUGCGGCCGUUAUGAUCAGCAUUGGUCAGGCUUCGGAGCCCCCGGAGGCCCAGGGCGAACGAAACCCUAGACUGGGACUCAUCUGUGUUCUAACUGCUAGCGCGCUAUCGGGUGUCGGAGCAUCUAUCUCUGAAUUGGCAUUGCAGACAUAUAGUCGGAAUAGUUUCCUUUUCUCGGCUGAGCUAGCAGUAUACUCAGUGAUAGCCAUCUCGACAGGGGAGCUCUUCAAGGAAGGUCACCUCCCCGCGGUUGGCUUAGCCCUCCAGACCUGGACUAUGCUCAUACCGAUUUUUACGGCGGCUAUGGGCGGCAUCUUUGUUGGUCAGGUCACCAAAUACGCUGGCAGUGUCCAGAAGGGUUUCUCUAUUAUAGCAGGCAUCAUCUUUACGGCAUUCUUGAGGAGUGUGAUAUUAUACAAACCGCUGACGACUGAGUUGAUCCUCUCGGCACCUCUGACUGCUGUUGCUACUUACAUGGUAUUGGCCAACACGCCCCUCCUCAUUUUACAGAGUGCUCUCUGCAAAAUGACGACGCGCCAUAAUGACCAACGUGCAAGUAACGUGGAGCGGUCGAACAAGGGUAUGGAGAGGGAGUGGGUUAGGAAGGCUAUGUCGGCCUUCCAACGGCAGCUCAAAGAGCCCGACCAUGUUUGGAUAAGACGCCCAGAGGCCCGCAAGCAGUUUGGACUGUCGGACUGUGACCUCGACGACCUGGCAUCCUUCCACAAGCAGAACCCAUACGAGUCGGAUGAACAGUCGUGGACCCUCUACCGGUUACCUGAUGUUAUACAGUGUGCUAGGAGAAAGUACAAGUCCGAGGAGACCAUGGCGAUCCGCUACAAGCACUACCUCGAGUCGGAAGCACACAAGAGUCGUCAUAGGCUCAACAUCUACGGCAUGGAUGAUGUAUGGGACGACUCAGCUGAGGAGGCAGAGUCUACUCCCUCUCUAGCAAUAUGGAGGAAAUGGUCGGCGAGUGACAAGGCCAUCAGUGGCGCAGCGAGUGUGUGGCAGGGUCUGCUCUCCAAUGUUGGUAUUGCUAGCAUAAAGUUCAUAGUGUGGAUCUCGACGGGAAGCAGCGCUGUAUUCGCCGAUCUGAUGCAUUCUGGAGCUGAUGUUGCCAACUAUGGGUCUUUUUUCAUCCUCACUGCAGUCGGUGGUAUGAUACCGAUGUACACGGCAACCAAAGACCUAUUCUCCCAUUACUAUAGCAGUAUGAUGGUGUCGUCACUGCCCGCCACAACGGCUACUUCUACGGCUCUUGGUGGGUCGAUGCUGGGCUUGAGCUCAGGCAUAGCUCUACCGGUUGGGAUGUUCCUCGUAUCGGCGUCCCUGGAGGCACUUGCGCUUAACGAAGCAUAUCGAGAGCUCCGCCAGCAGAAUGUGGCCCUCUCUGAGGCGAUUCGAUCAGGAGCCGACGUCAUGCCAGUCGCGACGUUUCUGGAGGCUGGCAGUGGUAUCCUUGGUGCUGCGAUAGGGAUAGUGGGAGUGGUACGUGCCCCUAUCGCUUGUCUCUGCCCUUCCCUAGAGGCUCGUUCAGGCACACAGCUUCUGCUUGGGGCGACCCUCCCAAGUGAUGAAGUUGAGAUGGUUAUUCGAUCACUAGAGGCCGACCCAGUAGUUGUCGGAGUCUAUGAUGUUAAGACGGAGCUGGUUGGCACGACGACAGCUCGAUUCAAGGCUGAAGUUGAGUUUAACGCAGAAGCAGUGACGAGGCGUCGGUUGAAGAUAACCCAGGCUAACGAGGCCGUGACGAGCCCAGGGCCGACGUAUCGGGCGCUCUGGCCGUACGGAAGGGCAUCGUUAGUCGGGUGUUUCACCGAUGAUAUUCUCGAGUUACAUUUCGAAGUGUUGUCAUACUUCAAGCAACGCAAGAAGAAGAGUGCUCCUUCCGCACCCCCAUGCCUCCACACUCUCAAGGACGAGUAUACUCUGCCGGCGGUCCUGCGGACGAAUAAAGGACUUGUUCGUGGAGUGUGGUUGUCGUUCGAGGCACUCGAUUGGUUCACGCCCCUUCCUAGAGGAUCAGGGGAGCUGAGAGAUCUCCUCAUCACAGCCUUUGAGUUGGAGAAGAUCGCCACUUUCAGAGCCGGUAUGGACAUUAACCCUCAAGUGGAGCGGAUAGGGCAGGGGAGUUACUGCCAAGUGGUGGCUGACGACUCUGUGGCUUUGCGAAGGAUGUCAUCGAGAGAGACUGAACGACUGCAGUUGCGGUUCCCCGAGAUGAUGAUGAGGGCUGCCGACCUUGGCGUUACCGGACGUGUGUACGGCUAUGGUUGGUGUCGUCAGCAUAUGGGCGGUCGAGAUCACAGUAUGUGCCUCGUACAGGAGAGACUAGUCCCUGUCGAAAGCCUCUCGGAGAUAGAUGAGGACCAGCUGUUUGAAGUGGUCACUAAGCUUUCUAUAUUGACCUUUCAUAACGAUCUUAAGUUGGACAAUAUUAUGAAAGAUCCUCGAGAUGGCUCGUUGAAGCUGAUAGACUUCGAUUUGGUCUCGCCGGACUGUCUCGUCAUCCCCGUUACAGCAUCACAGAAUAUCAUCAUCAACUGCAAGGAGGAUUUCCCCAACUUCUCUGAGAACGCGGUAGAGUUCAGAGCAUAUUAUGACUACUUCACAUUCUCUCUCACAUUAUCGGGUGCCUCACAGCUAUACACUUUAGUGCUCAAUAGACUCAUUGCUCUGGGCAGAAGUCUCAAGCCGUUCCUCGAAGGAGUAGUUGCAGUGUUAUCGACCGGUCAGUUAGCCGCGCCGCCUUUUGAAGCCCUGGUGAGGGAGAAAAGUAUCAACGCUGUCACUGUGAACAUUUUCGACCUGUAUGGCAACGCGGUUGCUCACGGUAUGAACGAGCCGCCUGAGGGGGCAUUCCAAUUGAUCGAGUCCAACGGCGUGUACGCUUUCCGUGAAGAGUGA